AAAGUUGUCGUAAAGAGGCCCAGUGGCGCGCGGAGAACGAGCCAAAAUACGUUCGAAUCCAUGGAAAGUCGGUGCCUACACCAAAAGAUGAAGUGGGGCUGGUUGACGAGGAUGUCGUUGACAAUAUCAACAAUCUGAACAUUGAUGAGGAUGACGCUUUCGCUAAGCCAAAGUCCUCUGGACGACCACAUCCUCCGCUAGUCAAUGCGGAUACGCCCGAGCCACAGCGGAUGUCCCUGAGCGAAAGUCCGGGCAGACCGCUUUCAAUGGACAGCAGUCCGAGCAAACAAGUUUACUUGCCGCCUUUCAUGCGAAAGCGGAGGCAGGAGGAAGUCGAGGGGCUCGCUAGGUCAAAAGGGUCAAGCUUUGCUAACGAGGCGUUGGAGCAGCCUGGGGAUCGCGACUACAGCAGGACUGCGGGAGGUCUGCAAGGAACAGCUAUACCUGGAGGGACGAUCGCACUAGACGAUAUGAUAGAAUAAUUUGUAGAACGGGUGUAGAAUGGACUUGGAUGGAUCGGAUGGACCCCCCUAAGCCUUCGGGUCCUACCUAAAAUGACUAGCGGACCUGGGAAGUCCAUCAUAUCCAUCCGAUGCGUCCCAUCCUGGAUCCGACAACCCUUCAAACUGUUCUAAUAUGUUGAGGACGCCGGAUGUCGGCUCGCCAGGAUUGUCUUAUUGCGGAUCCUCGCCAGGAGCGAGGUGUUCCCUUGAGAGGCAGAACUCGUCAGCUUCAACGCGGGUGCCCAGUAGUGCGUGGAGUACUCCACCCAACACGCCUCAAACUCCGUCUCUGUCUGUUCCAGCUGGUUCAUCUUGCGAGCAAGGUAGUAGAGUACGAUGCCUCUCGACUGGCUCCGCGCCAACCGAUCCCAACAUGGGUGAGUUACUUACUUUUGCACAUCUUUUUCGACAGGAGAACGAGAAAAUGAUACCUGAAGCUGAAGAGCAAAGUAGUAGAACCAAUUCUUCAUCCAGUCCACGAGGAAAGGUUGUGGAUGUUCCAGCAGGAUUUAUCAGCGGAGCCCUUGAUAGUUUCGAUCUUACAACACUACCCCAAAAAGGAUUUUUGCAGGCUGCUGCUGCACAUCAGGUAUUUUUCACAUCUAUGAAUAUAAUAUUGCUCUACAUCUCUUAGUUAAAAGAAAGUGCAGCCUUGUGUGAAAAUUGUAGUACCCUUUCCUUCAUAAUAAAAACGAGACAAUACUGGCAACUACACAGAUGAGUGGAGGAGGCGGUCGAGGUGCCCCAAACGUGCUUGCUCUCAGGCCAAUGCGACGCAACACGGGUUCUUCACAAGCGGGCGAUCCAGUAAAGCGGACCGGGACACCACCGACUGUAGAGGCAGCAUCUCUGGAUUCACUCUCACCCUCGGUAGUGAGUACCAUUGCUGGGUUCUCGCCGUCUUCUAUCGUUGCGACGCCACGCUCACAGGACAUGUCGCCCGCACGUAACUCGUUGGCACUCGUUUCUCCAUCGCCUCGAGGACCACGGCUCAUUAACUCUGGUGGGGUGAUCGUGCCAGGGCAAGAUGGAAGAAGGAGUCCCUCGCCUUCGAGCCCUCGUCCCUCAACACCCCCUGCUCCUACAAGCAGGCUCUUGUUGAGGCGCCAGCCAAAGAGCCCAAUUCAGGAGGAGACAGGAUCAGAGCGUGGCUGUAUGUCGCCACUGGGUGCUGGUGGUUCUGCUGAUCCAACGCAAUCUGCAUUGUAG